AUGGGAAACAAAGAUAUUGUAGGUUUGAUUUCAAAACCAAAAGAUAGGGGCAUGGAGAAACAUUCCUGCGAAAGCAAAAAGGAUAACAGAAAUGGAGAUUUUGUUAAACUGUUAUCUACGACAGCAGCACUGCCGAAGAAUAUAUUGAAUGCAUUGAAUGCAAGUAUAGCAUGCCCAAAUUUUGAGAGUCGUUGGAAAACAGUUGGCACCCACCUUAUCAAAAAUGUGCCUGCAAAUCGCACAAGCUCAAUCCUGAGAGUUAAAGUGGCUGCAUUUGAUCUAGAUGGAACAUUAAUUACUACGAAAUCAGGUGCAAAAUACUCCAAGGGGCCUCAAGAUUGGAAAUGGUGGGGAAACUCUUCAACUUUGGUUCCUGAAAAAUUGGCAUCACUAUAUAAAGAUGGCUAUAUAAUUGCAGUCUUUACCAAUCAAGGUGCAGUUGUUGUCAAUGGUCCAGCUAAAUCAUAUAACAAUUUCAAAUUGAAGUUGGGGCUUAUUCAAGAUGACUUAAAGAAACAGUAUCAAGUAAGCGAGUUGUAUGUUUUUGCAUCUCCAAAAAAGCCCGCAAAGACACCAACUUCCAGUGAUGAACAGCACAAAUCGACAAGAAAGCCCGAAAUUGGAAUGUGGAAGGCUUUUGAAAACGAUUUAGCUAUGGAUGGCAAAACCAUUGACUUGCAGAAUAGUUUUUUCAUUGGAGAUGCAGCUGGGAGACUCGAGGAUUUCCUGGAUAGCGAUUUAAAUUUUGCAAAAAACGCUGGUUUAGAAUUUAAAACCCCUGAAGAGUUUUUUGUUUGUUCUACUUAG